ACUGCCAGAUCGAGUCCCGUCCCGCGUGGCGCUUCCGCUGCAUAGCUGCGGACAAGGGGGGUCAACAGUCCGGGGAUAACGUGGAAACGGACCUUGAUAACCUCCUUCGCAUGUCCCUCCAACAUCCAACUUCAUCUUCAGAAUCACGGCUUUCACUAUAGAACACACGAAUUGAUCCAGACUACUCUCUACACACUGAUACAAAUACCCAAGUACAGCCACAAGGCACUCAGACCAUCAUACGCCACGCACGUCCAAGGGAUCGCUCACAAUGGACUCCCCUCACGAGGACGACAACAGGGCUAAGGCCAUGAACGACUAUUUGGAGGAGUUACCAUCACAGCACAUGGAGCCUUUGUGGUCCAAGAUGAACGUGAUGGUCCCACCUACACCAGCACCCGUCGCCAAGCCUCACAUGUGGAAGUACGCCGACAGCCUCCCUCUUCUUCACAAGGCCGCAGAGAUGGUUGGCGAGAAGCAAGCGGAGAGGAGAGUGCUGAUGCUGGUCAACCCCAAUAUGGAAUCCCCUUACACAACAGACACCAUCUAUGGUGGACUUCAGAUCGUCAACCCUGGCGAGACUGCCCCUGCGCACAGGCACAUCGCGUUCGCACUCAGAUUCAUCAUCGAUGGCGAGGGCUUUACUGCUGUCGAGGGAAAGAAGAUGCCCCUGAGACGCGGAGAUGUUGUCGUGACGCCGACAUGGCACUGGCACGACCAUGGAAACGAGAGCGAUGCCCCGGUUAUCUGGCUCGAUGCACUCAACCUUCCGCUGUUCAGAUUCACACCGGUACACUUUGCAGAGCAGUACCAUGAGAGCCGUUACCCAAGCGUGUUCACGGAAACGUGCGUGUGGAGACACCCAUGGGACCAAGUCGAAGCCGAGCUCAAGGCCCAGGAAGGCCCCUACGCCAUCCACCACUACACAAGUCACGGCAAGCCCCUUUCACCCAUCCUAGGGGCGCAGGCAGAGCGUAUCGACGGCAACCACACGACACAGGAGGUUCGCGAGCAGGCUUCUUUCCUCUACCACUGCUACGAGGGCCAAGGUCGGACCAUUGUAGAACCGCCCACCGGACCCCGUGUGGUUUUCAAGUGGACUUCGCGAGACACAUUUGCCGUCCCUGCGUGGUCCAAGAUUCAGCAUAUCAACGAGGGCUCUACUACGGCGUACCUUGUUGCUGUUAGUGACAGGCCAUUGCUCAGCAGCAUUGGGCUGAUCAAGCCACAAUCAUGAGUGUUUGAGGGGAGGCAAGACCGCUGGAGUUCCUUGAGCAACAACCUAACAAGAUUGUACAUGUUCACUCACUAUUAGCAGGCCUAAGAGGCUGUAUCUACUCAACAUAGUAAUGAUGAAGACAUUUCAAUGUAAUAUAAUUCGCAACAAAGUUUGGC